UCAGAGAAACUGAAACUGAAGUGUAGUUGAAUGGCAGAAGCAUGCAGUAAAAUGGCAGAAGCCAGAUUUUCUCAGGAAGAGUUCAUGUGUCCAGUGUGUUUGGAUCUCCUGAAGGAUCCAGUGACCACUUCCUGUGGACACAGCUACUGUAAGAUCUGUAUUACAUGCUGCUGGGAUCAGGAGGAUCAGAAGAGAGUCUACAGCUGCCCUCAGUGCAGACAGACCUUCAGUCCAAGACCUGAUUUAGCUAAAAACACCAUUCUGGCUGAACUGGUGGAGAAACUGAAGAAUAUUAAAAUUCCUGCUGACUGUUACGCUGGAGCUGGAGAUGUGCAGUGUGACGUCUGUACUGGAAGAAAACACAAAGCCGUCAAGUCCUGUCUGGUGUGUCUGAACUCUUACUGUCAGAAUCACCUUGAACAACAUGAGAGUUUGUUUAAAGGAAAGAGACACAAUCUGACUGAAGCCACUGGACGACUGCAGGAGAUGAUCUGCCAGAAACACAACAAGAUCCUUGAGGUUUUCUGCGGCACUGAUCAGGAGUAUAUAUGUGUGCUGUGUACGAUGUAUGAACAUAAAAACCAUGACACUGUAUCAGCUGCAGCACAGAGGACAGAGAAACAGCACCAGCUGAAGGAGACUCAGAGGUUGUUCCAGCAGAGGAUCCAGCAGAGAGAGAAAGAUCUUCAGCAGCUGAGAGAGGCUGUGGAGUCUCAUAAGCGCUCUGCACAGACAGCAGUGGAGGACAGUGAGAGGAUCUUCACUGAGCUCAUCCGCUCCAUUGAGAGAAGCCGCUCUGAGGCCACACAGCGGAUCAGAGAUCAGGAAAAGACUGCAGUGAGUCGAGCUGAAGGACGACUGGAGCGACUGGAGCAGGAGAUCAAUGAUCUGAGGAGGAGAGACGCUGAGCUGGAGCAGCUUUCACACACACAGGAUCACAUCCAUUUCCUGCAGAGUUUCCAGUCUCUCUCAGCUCCUCCUGAAUCUACAGAUGUAAAUGACGAUCCCUUCAGUUCUCUCUGCUCUUUUUAUGUUGUGAGAGAAUCUGUCCUUCAGCUGAGAGACAAACUGGAGGAUUUCUGCAAAGAGGAGCUGAAGAAGAUCUAUGACAGAGAUUCCCAUCAGCUCAAUCUGGAUCUGAACACAGUGAAUAAACGCCUCCGUCUGUCUGAAGAGAACAGAGUCAUUACAUUCACUAACACAGUCCAGCUGUAUCCUGAUCAUCCAGACAGAUUUGAUCGUGUGUUUCAGGUGUUGUGUAGUGAGAGUGUGUGUGGACGCUGUUACUGGGAGAUUGAGUGGAGUGGGAGAUGUGUGUCUAUAUCAGUGUCAUAUAAGAGCAUCAGCAGGAAGGGACGGGGUGAUGAGUGUGUGUUUGGAUCUAAUGAUCAGUCCUGGAGUUUGAUCUGCUCUUCCUCCAAUUACUCAUUCAGUCACAAUAACAUGAAGAUCCGUCUCCCUGUAGAGUCCAUCAGCAGUAGAAUAGGAGUGUAUGUGGAUCACAGUGCAGGAACUCUGUCCUUCUACAGCGUCUCUGGAGACACAAUGAGCCUCAUCCACACAGUCCAGACCACAUUCACUCAACCGCUCUAUCCUGGGUUUGGUGUUUAUAUUGGAUCAUCAAUGAAACUGUGUUGAAUCAGAAUAGAUUGUAGAGAGAUUCUACCCAUAAUGCUUUGAGCUCAUGAUGAAUCAGUAACAGUGAGAUGUUAUAGAGUCUCUUAUUUUGUCUUCAUUACAUUAAUACUACAGCUGAACUUCUGUCAAAUGUUGGUUCAUGCUGGUUGUCCUGAUCUAGAAAGUAGCCUGACAUGAUAAAACCAUGUUUUUCUACAUGAGCUGUGGUAAUACCAUGCUGUGAAUUCAUCAUGUAGUCAUGUGAUCGUGCUGCUGCAGCUCUCAGUGCUGUAAUAAACACAAAUAAUUCAAUAAGGAAUAAUUGACAAAUUCAAUGGUCCGUCGUCAAUUAUUCCGCUUAUACUAUGGUUACCACACCUUAAGACAUUGUUCAGCUGAUUUAUUUCAAGACAUUUGUUAUUUUUGUUUAUUUCAAAACAUUUCAUAAUGGAGGCUUGAGCUUUGAUAGCAGAAUAAUGCAGUUAUUGUCGUUCUAAACACUGCUUUUAAACUCGGGUAAAGGAGCAUUUCACACUUGUAAUUUAGAUCCAGGGUUAGCACUGCUUUUUGUGGUUUUAACCCCACAUUCCGAUGGCAAAUUGUACAGUAUAAAAUAGGGGUCUCCAAACUUGG